AUGGAGGCGGUGGAGCGAUCCAACUCUGCCCGUCGGACGUCCAGAUCCAAGUUCAGCAAGACCAAUUCUGGCGCAGAUUUCCAGCUGGCGCCGUUGAGCAAGCCGCCGGCGCAGAUCGAGCGCGAGCUGAAGCAGCGGUUUGAGCAGGACGGGUUCGAGUUCGACCAGGAUUUUGCACAGCAGGUGAUUCAGCAGGCCCGGCGUGACGAGAGUGUCUUCAAGGAGACGCUCCAGAGUCCGGAAAAGGCAGAGGAGUACACGGUGGAGGAGAUGCAGGAUUUCGUGGACUGGAUGAUCCGCGACUGCGAGGAGUACUUGGCGAACCAGGAUAAGGACCAGGCGCAGAGAGACAGAGACAUUGACACCACCGUGGACAGUAUGCUUUCGAGUGAACCGACGCCCGAAAACAUGGCCGCCACGUUUGGGCAAAUGGAGAAACUAGCGGACGACUUGCGCAGUCCCGGGAUCGACAAGCUGGCGCAGUUUCUGCGGCUGAUCAACUCCAAGGGGAACGACGAGCUCCGAAAGUAUAUUCCAUUGGAAAGUCUGGUACAACUGUUUGACAUAGCCACUCAGAUCAACGACGUGACAAAACGCAGCGAGUGCAUUUAUUUGGCAGGCUCGCUGUUGUACAAGGCCACAGACGCCCGUGCCGACCCGAUCAACGAGAUGUUUUAUAUCGAGGCGCUAUUGGAACACCGCCAAUUCCAUACCGCAGAGAGUCUGUUUGCUUCGCGCAAAAAUAAACCGGACGUGAAAGGCCAGCGGUUCUGGACCGAGCUAGGAGUCCGCGUGUACUUGAAGGGCAGGAAAACAAGAAAGAUGGAGGCUCUGGUGUCGCAAUUGAAGGAUAGCUUCAACUACAUUUCUCCAGACCUGUGUGUGGAGCUUGUUGAAUGGUAUGUUUCCAAAGACCAGUUUGCGGAGGCGUUCGACUGCUGGACCCAGAUACAGGCGGUUAUGAACUCGGAGGGUCUCAUCGACAAGCUGCCCGAACAGGACGUUGCCCUGCUCGACGACCAGCAACAGGUGUACGCCUACCACAACCGCAAGGAGCCCGUGACGUACGGUCACGUGACCCGCACCACGCAGCUGUUUCUGCAGCACGGCCGUUACGACGAGGCAAUGCGGAUCCUGGAGACAGCCACGCGGCGCGACAAGCGGUUUCUGUUGCAUUUCAUGAGUGACGUGCGCCAAAACGUGGGGUUUGCGCACCGCGAGCUGCUCCGCCACGCGUUGCAGGCCAACCCGCGGUAUCCUGCUUCCAUGAAGAAGUUCAUGGUGCAGGAGCUGUCCAUUGGGCUGCCAUUCCACACCAAGUCGAUCGCCCAGGCCCAGACGCUCGUGGACAUUGCUGUGUCGUUGCGGAGUCUCGAUCGCGCGCGGCUGUUGUCUCAGAAGGACCGGGUUCUUGCGUUCUCCAUCAUCGACACCAUCAACGUUGGCCAGCCUCUGAGCUCGCGCGAGGCCCGCGACGUGUUCCGGCUGCUGUUGCGGGUCAAGACGAAGGACUCGUACCUGCUGGUGAACGAGAUGUUGAACGAGAUGAACGCGUCGGUGGGAAAGCCAAGCGGCACCCAGAUCUUCCCGCCAGCGUCUUCUCACGUGUAUCUGCUUCUGGUACAGCUGUUUGGCCGGCAGAAGAAGCCGGACCUGGCGCGGAUCGAUGCGAUCGUCGAGCAGAUGGAGUUCCAGGGCGUGCACAUGCUGACCAUCAUGGCAAACCAGCUGAUACAGGUGUACUGCAAAGCUGGACGGCCGGACCGUGCGGUUCAGCUGGUGCAGUACUUUGUGCACUCUGAGAGGUUUAGAUUGACCGAGGAGUUCUGCAGACUUGCUUUUGGCGCGUACCGUAGCAUGCAGAUCCAGUCCACGCCCGACGUGGACGCGUACAAGAAGCGACUCGCAGAGCUGCGGCAGCUGUUCCGCGAGUUCUGCUCCCAGCCAGAAAUGCAGGUUUCCGAGCAGCUGUUGAACGAGAUGGUGUUGACGUUCUUCAAGUACGGCGACUACGUGUCGGUGAUCUGUGUGCUCGAGCAUUACGGCCUGGUUUGCAACAGAGACCUGGAAAAAACCACCCUGCUGCUUGUUGGAGACUGCUUGGAGCGAUCGCUCAGAAAAAUGAAGAGCAAGCUAAACGCGCACGAGAAAACCCAGUCAGCAGACCGCAUUGCGCAUCUGGAACAGACGCUCGCGCUGGAAACGAUCAAAAAGACCGUCAACAUCCAACCAAGUCUCAGUUGGAGAGACGCUGCUGCGCAUGUGGUGCAAUUCUUGGCUGUGUUCGACUACAAACCGAACCCGUACUGGCUGAAGGACAAGACGGGUCAAUUGAAGUCAGAACACCAGAAAGAACAGGCCAAAACACGGUUUAACACCAUGCUCACAGAAACCCAGAACCAGUACGGUCUGCCCGAGGUCUGGAUCUCCGAUAUCCUGAAAAAAAAGAAGGAACAUUUAGUGUUGGAUCUCUUGACGAAAAUGCCUCCGAAAUUCAACCCAAGCGCCAGUUCGUUUACUCCCGGCGCCGCCGACGGCUCUUUGAGCUCGGCGCUUCCGAUCCGCGGGCCCAAGAAGGCCGGUGGCAAGCAGAAACUCUCGCUCGACGAGUACUUGAAAGCGCAGCAGCCGGUUUCCGCCACCGUCUCAGACUCUGACGUGUCGCAGGUGUCUUCGGGCUUCAACACCCCAAAGGCCAGAGCCAUGGAGUCCACGACGUCGCUGUCGUCGCUCAAUUCCGCGCUCCAAAAACUGCAAAUCACCCCCAUCUCUGACAUCCUUAAUAACCUGCAAACAGCAUCCAAGCUGUCUGAGAUCAGAGACGACUGCGACAAGAUUGCCGACAUGGUUGCCGACGCGGGUGCCAGCUCCAUUUCCGAGUGGGACAUCCAGCAGGUUCUGCUGACCUUGUCGAAACAAAAGAACCCAGCAUUGAUUAGAGAGUCCAGCAUGAUUCUGUUGCAGACUCUGGCCAGAAAGUUCGCAGGAAAGACUCCGUUCGAGGCCUACUUUGUUGACCUGUUUGGAGCCGCUUUUGACCUCUUGGCCGAUAAGGAAAACACCGUCAAACGGUCCGCUCAAACGUCUAUCGACUCGCUUUUUGGCAUGCUUCCUGUUGAGGCAUACUCUUCUGUUUUGCUCACGAUGCUGCUGAAAUACCUCAAGUCCAGCGCCAAAUGGCAAUCUAAGGUGGGAGCCUUGAAGCUCGUCGACAAGAUCGUGCAAGAGGCCCCAGCAGACUUGCUGGAGUCCAGAUUCGUCGACACCAUUCCUGUUUUAACUGAUAUGGCUACCGACUUCAAGCCAGAGCUCGCCAAGGUCGGUUUCGCCUCCUUGAGCACGUUCGUCAAGGUCCUGGACAAUCUCGACUUGCAACCGCGUUACGAUUUGAUCACAGAAACGCUGGCCAACCCGCAAAAGGUUCCGAACUGUAUCAAGUCGCUUUCCUCGGUGACGUUUGUUGCCGAGGUCACAGAGCCCGCACUGGCCCUGCUGGUGCCAAUCUUGGACAAAUCGUUCAAGCUCUCGUCCUCGUCCCAAGAACAGCUCAGACAAACCGUCAUGGUGACCGAGAACUUGACCAGACUGGUGAACAACAAAUUCGAGAUCGAACAUUACAUUCCUAUUCUUUUGCCCGGUGUCAAGAAAGUGGUUGACACCGCUUCUCUUCCAGAAGUGAGAGAGCUUGCUUCCAAGGCCCUGAAGGUGAUUGAGGACGCCCAGGCUGAGCAGUCUGACGGAAAGUUCCACGGUAAGCUUUCGUUGGCCAAGAGCGAGGAGUAUUUGACCGAGAUCAAGACCAAGAUCAACGACGAUCUCGUUUACAACUACCUGGUGGCCAUCUUGUUCACCGACUCCAACGUCAACGACUGGACUAGACUGAACGACUAUUUGUCGAUGAGUCUGGGCCAUUUCCUGGACGAGUCUGCCAAAACAGAGUUUAUUGAGACUACGAUCCACAAAUUGCGGGAGCUGUUCACUCCGAACGUGUUUGACGACUCAGCCGAGGACGGCGUGGUGAUUGUGAAUGCAGACUUCUCUCUUGCCUACGGUACCAGACUGUUGCUGAACAAGACCAACCUGAGACUCGUCAAGGGCCACAGAUACGGUCUCUGUGGAAGAAACGGUGUUGGUAAGAGUACUUUGAUGAGAGCCAUUGCCAACGGCCAGUUGGAAGGGUUCCCAGACAAGUCUGAGGUGAGAACAUGUUUUGUUGAGCACAAGUUGCAAGGCGAAGAGGCCGAGAUGGACCUUGUGGACUUCAUUGCUUCCGACCCAGAGUUGAAGGACGCCUCUCGACAGGAAAUCGCCAACGCUUUGGAAGAGGUUGGAUUCAACGAGGAGAGAAGAGCACAGCAAGUGGGCUCGUUGUCUGGAGGAUGGAAGAUGAAGUUGGAGCUGGCCAGAGCCAUGUUGAUGAAAGCCGACGUUCUGUUGUUGGACGAGCCUACUAACCAUCUGGACGUGGCCAACGUGAAAUGGCUGGAAGAUUACCUGGUCCAACACACCGACAUCACCUCUCUGAUUGUUUCGCACGACUCGGGAUUCCUGGACAUUGUCUGUACCGAUAUCAUCCACUACGAGAACAAGAAACUGGUUUACUACAAGGGAAACCUUUCUGAGUUUGUCAAGGUGAAGCCAGAAGGAAAGUCCUACUACACUUUGACCGACUCGAACGUGAAGAUGGCGUUCCCUCCACCGGGAAUUUUGACCGGAGUCAAGUCGAACACGCGUGCGGUUGCAAGAAUGUCCAAUGUGACGUUCAAGUACCCUACUGCCGAGAAACCUUCGUUGAAGAACGUUUCGUGCUCGCUGUCUCUUUCGUCAAGAGUGGCUGUUCUGGGUCCCAACGGAGCAGGAAAGUCCACCUUGAUCAAACUGCUUACCGGAGAGCUUGUUCCGAACGAGGGAACCGUGGAGAAACACCCUAACUUGCGUAUUGGAUACAUUGCUCAGCACGCUCUGCAGCACGUCAACGAGCACAAGGAGUUGACCGCCAACCAGUACUUGCAAUGGAGAUACAAGUUUGGAGACGACAGAGAGGUUUUGUUGAAGGAGUCGCGGAAGAUUUCGAGCGACUCGGAGAAACAGAUGUUGGAGAAAGAGAUUGAUAUUGGCGACGGCAGAGGAAUGAGACAGGUGGAGGCGAUUGUUGGAAGACAAAAGUUGAAGAAGUCGUUCCAAUACGAGGUGAAGUGGAAAUGGUGGCUACCAAAGUACAACUCGUGGGUUCCAAGAGACAAGCUGAUCGAGGAAGGGUUUGAGCCGCUUGUUCAGAAGUUUGACGACCACGAGGCUUCCAGAGAAGGUCUGGGAUACAGAGAGUUGAUUCCGUCUGUUAUCAGAAAGCAUUUCGAGGACGUUGGGCUGGACGGCGAAAUUGCCGACCACACGCCGAUGGGCUCGCUUUCUGGAGGUCAACUGGUGAAGGUUGUGAUUGCGGGAGCCAUGUGGAACAACCCGCACUUGCUUGUUUUGGACGAGCCAACGAAUUAUCUGGACAGAGACUCUCUGGGUGGUCUUGCUGUGGCCAUUAGAGAGUGGACUGGAGGAGUGGUGAUGAUUUCGCACAACUCCGAGUUUGUGGGGGCGCUGUGUCCUGAGCAGUGGAUUGUCGAGAACGGAGAGAUGGUGAAGAAAGGCGUGACGGAGAUCGACCAGAGCAAGUUCGAGGAUAAGGGCGGAGAGUCGGCACAGUCCAAGGCUGCUGCCGAGAUGGUGAACAAGCCGGCUCCGUUGAAGAAGAAGGACGACGACGACUCGCCGGCCAACAUCAAGGUGCGGAUCAGAAAGAAGAAGAUGACCAGAAACGAGAAGAAGGCCCAGGAGGAGCGCAGAAGACUGCGGCACAUCGAGUGGCUCAGCUCGCCUAAGGGCACGCCAAAGCCGGAUCUUGGGGCUGAACACGGUCCAGAUGAACAGGUGGAAUCGCAGGCUGUAGCAGCUGAGAAUCAGGGUGAGCCCGCUGACGGAGUAGAACGUGGCGGUGAGCACGAGUUUCUGGUACAGUCUGUUCCAGUUGUUGCCGUCGGAGCGCAGCGUCAGCACCAAGAACGCCGCGGACCAGAAGAUGGGCCCGGCCCAGUUGCACACAAACGUGAGCAGGCCGGAAAGCAGCAUGUUGUAGCUUGUCAGGCCGUUGAAAGAGUUGGUCAGAUCAACAGACGACAGCGAGUUGGUGAACCCGAACUGGAAGAAGCUGAGGUUCUGCAUCAGAAUCGUGAACACCGCCACGGUGUUGGUGCUGGUUCUGGCCUCGAGCCGGCCGAACGUUAA